AUGGCUGGGCCCUCCCCUGCCGACGCCGAACAGGCGGCCGCCGCCGCCAAAGCCGCCGCCGAUGCAGCCGCCAAGGAGAAGGCGGCCGCCGACGCCGCUGCUAGGGAGAAGGAGGCUGCCGAUGCCGCCGCGCAUCAGGCACGCGCCGCUGCUCUUCAGCGCGCCGUCGAUGCCGAGGCUGAAGCGGCCGCCGCCACCAAGAAGCGGGACGCUGCCGCCCAGCGGAUCCAGGCCGCCCUGGAUCGCGCGGCCGCCGCCCGCGCCGAGGCUGGCGCCCCACUGCAGCGUCCCCCAGAGCAGAAGGACGGUGACUCUCCCCAUCUGCAGCACCACGACUUCCACUCCGCCAUGAUGCUGCACGAGGCUGCCGCCAUCCUCAACCUCCACGCUCAGGCUGUCUCCAUCCAGAACAUCCGGAGUCUGAUCACGACCGUCCUCGACGUCAACUCCAGCAACUACGUGAAGGGAAUGACCAUUGCAAAAAGGACUGGACCUGGUGUUGGGCCUGAAUUGGGAAAAAAAGACCAUGCCUUUUCAGGUUCAGUUUUCUGCAGCCAUAGCCACCUAAGUUUUAGUGCCCAUCCCAGUGCAGAUGCACUGGCUGGAAGGAAAAAUGGUGCUGAAGGCAUUUUGUUGUGCAGAACUGAACACAUGUUCUUUUCUUCUGACGAGAGGAUUAAGGCCAUGAGACAGAUGAUAAUGGCAGAUACUGCUGAACAGAGGCAAGAAGCAUUAGGCCUUCUCCUGCCAUAUCAGAAAACAGACUUUGAAGGGAUUUUUCGUGCAAUGGAUGGCCUUCCUGUAACUAUUCGGCUCUUGGAUCCUCCACUUCAUGAGUUCCUUCCAGAGGGUAACAUCGAGGAUGUUGUCCACAUGUUGUCUUGUCACACUAAGUCUACUCAUGAGGAAAUCCUUGCAAGGGUUGAAAAACUUUCUGAAGUGAACCCGAUGCUGGGUUUCCGUGGGUGCAGACUUGGUAUAUCAUACCCAGAAUUGACGGCAAUGCAAGCCCGUGCUAUCUUUGAAGCUGCUAUUGCUGUGAAUGACCAAGGUCUCCAAGUUUUCCCCGAGAUAAUGGUUCCUCUUGUUGGAACACCUCAGGAACUUGGCCAACAGGUGAGCGUGAUCCGUCAAGUUGCUGACAAGGUUUUUACCAAUGCAGAAACAACUAUUAGAUACAAACUUGGGUCCAUGAUCGAGGUUCCGAGGGCAGCUCUUAUAGCUGAUGAGAUAGCAGAGCUGGCAGAAUUCUUCUCAUUUGGGACAAAUGACCUCACACAGAUGACAUUUGGUUACAGCAGGGAUGACAUUGGCAAGUUUCUCCCAAUCUACAUGUCACAGGGUAUUCUCCAGCAUGACCCAUUUGAGGUGCUCGACCAGAAAGCAGUUGGAGAGUUGGUUAAGAUUGCCACUGAGAGGGGCCGAAGUUCAAGGCCUGAUUUGGAGGUGGGCAUUUGUGGUGAACAUGGUGGCGAGCCUUCUUCAGUUGCAUUUUUUGCGAAGGCUGGACUGGACUAUGUUUCUUGUUCGCCUUUCAGGGUCCCAAUUGCAAGGUUAGCCGCAGCACAGGCGGUCCUCUGAUGAGCGUGAAUUUGUGAAGUUCCUCCGCAAGCAGUUGUGUUGGUGCGUCCUGUAGAUAAAUAAUGCACAGAUGGGCACCUCUUGAAUGGUCGCUUGAGAGGCGCACGGUGU